UAGUUCAAUCUUGCGAGACUUAAUUUACAGACGCUCACUCUUACGUCUAAACAAUCGCGUAGGAAGGCGUGUUAAGUUGGUAAAUAACAUGCAGCCUGUGUUGGUUUUUUGUUUAUUUGUUACAUUCUGGAAUUUAUCUUCGUGUUCACGUUCAGGAAUUUAUAUCGAUAAUGGGCUCGAUCAAACUGCAAUGGAACGAGCUAUGACUAGAGAUGAAAAGAAAGAAAUGGAAUUAGAAAUUUUAAGUCUCUUAGGAUUGCCUAAGAGACCUAGAAAGAUCAGUAAAAGUCCUUUAAAAAGGUCAGCGCCGAGGUUCCUUCUUGAUAUUUAUAAAACUUUGAUGGAACAAGAUAAUGAUGAAAAUAAUAGGGCAAAAAGAAAUACCGAAGUUUAUCUUAGUGGUGAGGAACAGCAUCAGAUCCACGAAAGUGAUGUUAUUAUGACUUUUGAAAGUUCUAAUGAUCACGUACCAAGUGUGAGACACGAAAGAGGGAAAAGGCUGUGGUUUAAUGUAAGUGAUGUGCCCGUAGCAGAGGAUGUAGUUGGAGCUGAAUUACGAAUAUUUAAAAGUUCUGGCAAAGGCAAUAAAAAUCCUGGUAUAAUAUACACUGUAACUGCUUAUCAACUUAUUAGAACAGUGAAUGGCGAGAAAGAAUUAGAGUAUAUAUCCGCAGCUAAUAUAACAGCAGGUUUCGUUGGUUGGAUGAGUUUAAACCUGACACAAUGUUUAGCUACAUGGGUGGCAUUUCCGAAUUCCAAUAAAGGAAUCUACCUGUCAGUACAUCCUUUAGAUAAACCAGGUCAUGAAAUUAGACCUGAAGAUAUUGGACUUAUCACGGUUAAGGCAGAAGAUGAGCAACAACCCUUUAUGGUAGCUUUCCUUAAGGCUGUUAAUAGUGUGAAACCAAGGGUGACCAGGGAAGCCAGAACCAAAAAAGAUACAUUUAAUGGCGUUAUGACCGGAUAUUCGAAAAUUGAUAUGGAUAAUAGACAAGAUUUGAGAAGAAGUUGUAGGAUCGAAACUUUGUACAUAAAUUUCAAAGACUUAUCAUGGACAGAUUGGAUAAUAGCACCAGAAGGUUAUCCAGCUUUUUAUUGUGCAGGAGAGUGCAAUUUUCCACUAAAUGCACAUAUGAAUGCCACCAACCAUGCCAUAGUACAAACUUUAGUACACUUGAUGAAUCCUCAAAGGUUUCCAAAACCAUGCUGUGCGCCAACAAAACUAAAUCCUAUUUCUGUUUUGUAUUACCUUGAUGACCAGAAUGUCAUAUUAAAGAAAUAUAAAAAAAUGGUUGUGAAAAGCUGUGGAUGCCAUUAAGUUAAUAAUUUUGGAAUUAUUGUACAAAUGUAAAUAUUUUUUAUAUCUAGGACAUCAUAUUGUGUUUAUAUAUUUGUACCUCUCAAACUAAUUUAUUUUCUUAUUGAAAUUAGUACUGAAAUUGUAAUCAUUAACAGUAGUUCUUAAAUUAUUGUAUCAAUUGAUACAUUCUCAGUUCAGAGAAAGAUUCACUAUAUGGAUGACUUGCAAAGAAUAAAUAGAAAGGUUUCAAAUAGAUUAAAACGAAAGCAUAAGAAUAAAACACCUGCAAAGAAAUGAUAGUUAAAAUAGGGCACAUGUGGAUAUACCAAUAGUGAUAAGAUAAGAUUAAUAUAUGAAUAAGAAUUAAAGUAUCUUUCACUCUCAACUAUACAAAA